GGGUAGGGGUCUGAGAAGCUAGGAACCGACUACCGACACACGUGAUUCGUAGCGUUUCCAUGUUGUACUUUGUGCUGUUCGUGAGUGGUUAUUUGAUCUAUACUCAGUUACGAUGCCCCGAAGGUGUUGUAUGCCGAAUUGCAGGGGCAAUUACGAUAAUGGACCUAAAGUCAGUGUAUUUUAUUUUCCAUCUGACGAGAAUUUAAGACGAAAAUGGUUAUCGGCUGUUCACAGACAAGACUGGACACCGAGUAAGCACUCUGUUAUAUGUGAACUGCAUUUCAACAAGGACGACAUUUUAAGCAGUACCAGUAUGUAUGACCCGAAAACUGGUAUACUCUUGACAGCACCGUUGGAUCGUCGACGCUUGAGAAAAGAUGCUAUCCCAUCGAAGUUGCCUGGAUGCCCAUCUUACUUGUCGAGUCAUCAAACUGCAGUACGAGAGGACCCAGAAAUUCGUAGGGGGCGUUUAGAAAAUCGUGCUCUUCAAAUUGCUAUCCAAGAAAGUGUGGACACACAUGCGAAAAUGAUUGAUGCGAUAUCGUUCGAUAGUUUAGAACAAAUGAAAACAAAGUUGAGUGAAUGUGAAAAGCACAGUGACUGGGUAGUGAUAAACAAAUCUGACAGUGUGAGACUAGUGUUACUAAAGCAUAAUCCUUACCCAAGAAUUUUUUGCCACGUAGUUAUAAGCAGUGGUUUAUUACUCAGUGUCUUCAAUAAUGAUAUUGAAGUGAAAUGUAUUGGAAACAUGAAAUUUCCCAUGAAAGUAAACAACAUACAGGUGGUAAGUGAUGUUCUUAAGAACAUUUAUCUUCUGUAUAAUAGUUCUGAGGCUCCUGUAGAUAACAUUUUGUCUUUAAUUGACCAGUUAUUGCAAAAUUUAUUAGAAAAGUUGCCAGGAAACGAAACUAAAAUUACAUUUUUGAAGGAACAGAUUUCAUUUUUGAAGUGCAGAAGUUCAACUCAAUUUAGGUAUGAUACUAACUCUAUGAUAAUGUGGUCAUUAGUACAUUCUAUAAGCCCACAUGCUUACAAAUUUUUGAGGAACACUGACAGUUUUUCUAUGCCUAGUCCUAACACCCUUUCAAGGCUUUGUAGUAAACUCUCAACAAAUCCUGUCAUUGAGCAACAGGGUCAUCAGUUUAUGAGCUACAUCACAAAUAAAGUAGGUACUUUAUCCUCAGAUGAUAAAACUGUGCUCCUGUUGAUGGAUGAAAUUCAUCUGAAGUCUCAGCUUGAUUACAAAGCUGGAAAUGUUGUAGGAUGUGCCUUUAACACUGAAAAAUUUUUGUGUGCAACCAGCGCCUAUGUUUUUAUGGUUCAGAGCAUGGAAUCACCUUACAAGGAUGUGGUAUCUAUUCUGCCAGUUCAUACUAUUCAGGGUGAUGUUCUGUUCUCUUACAUUAAAGCAGUCAUUGUUAAAUUAGAAGCAGUUGGAUUUGAGGUGGUUGGUAUAGUAGCAGACAAUAAUGCAAUUAAUAAGAAAGCAAUGUCUAAGUUUUCUACUCCUCCAGAUGUGAAAAUAAAGUAUGAUCACCCUGUACAGUCUUCUCCAAAUCGCCCAUUGUAUUAUUUUGUGGACACUGUCCAUAUUUUGAAGUGUAUCCGCAAUAACUGGUUUAACCAAAAGGAGCAGAUCUUGUGUUUUCCUGACUUCAGUGACAGUUUGAAGGGAGGUUUGUCUUCUGUUGGAGCACUGAAAGAAUUGCACUUGAUAGAAAAAGAUGAACUAUUGCAAUAUGGCAGUUCCUUAACUUUGAAGUCUCUAUUUCCUAACUCAAUUGAGCGCCAAAAUGUCAAGUUAGUGUUGCGUAUUUUCAGUGAUACGACAGUUGUUGCUUUGGGCACAUUUGGUUCAAAGAAAGCAAUUAGCAACUGGGAAAGUACUGCAACAUUCAUAAAAAUAAUAAAUCGUUGGUGGGAUAUUGUAAAUGUAAAAACAUUACUCAAGGGACAGAGGUUAAGAAAUAUUUUCCAAGAACCUGUGACUAAUUUGUGUAUAAAGCAGUGA